GCGACGUACGAGCGUCGCAUGCGCUUUCGAAGCACCGAUUGCGACAGCAUUCGCGGCAACUAGAGAAACACUUUUCGAUUCGUUUACCCAGACAGCGUCACACUGCUUCCCACACCAGAACGUCUCGCUCGAACUAGAUUGGGCCUUGUUCAAAACAAAAUGCGCGCUCUUCAGCACCAUGGCAACCUCGGCAGCGCGUACACAACAAGCACGCUCUGGAUCGCUUAGAUGUUAUGCACCGCCGCUGAAAGAAUGAGCGAUGGAUAAUUACAAGGCGCUCGGAUGGAUCGGUGAAGGCGCGCACGGUGUGGUUUUGAAGGCUCGGUGCUCUUUGACAGGUAAGAUAGUGGCUGUGAAGAAAAUUCCGCACAGAGCUGCCGACAAUAGCCUGCCGUGUGCGACUCUCAGGGAAAUCAAGGCCAUACAGCACCUGGAACACGAAAAUGUGGUCAGGCUGCUUGAGGUGAUCGCCAGCAGUAGCGGUGUUCUGCUGGUGUUCGAGCUGCUGUGCUGCAAUCUCUCCACGCUCAUCCACAACCCCGAACGACCUUUGAGCGAGGACCACGUCAAGUGCUGCAUGCGGAUGCUGUUGUGCGGCUUGGAACACUGCCACAGCAUGGGAAUUCUACACAGGGACCUGAAGCCAACAAACGUGCUGGUGAACAGUGAAGGAAUCUUGAAGCUGGCCGACUUCGGCCUCGCCUGUCUGGAUUCGCGGGACCGAGAGCACAGCUCUGGCGUUGCUACGAGGUGGUACCGGGCCCCGGAGCUGCUGUACGGGGCUCAACGCUACGGACCCGGCAUUGAUCUCUGGGCCCUGGGUUGCGUGUUCGCGGAGAUGUUGAACGGUUCGCCUCUGUUUCGUGGUGAAAGCGACAUCGAGCAACUGUGCCUCGUCAUAAAGGCUCUCGGAACUCCUGAUGAACAGGUCUGGCCGGGCGUGCGAGAGCUGCCCGACUACCACAAGAUCAGUUUCUCGGAGAGCGCCGGCGUUCCCUGGCGCACUCUCCUGCCCGAUGUGAGCAAGCACGCCAGGGACCUGGCCAGGGCGUUCGUGUGCUACGAUCCAGAAAGGAGGGUGACGUGUUCAAAGGCCCUGCUGCACUCGUUUUUCUGGAGCGAGCCUCUGCCGUGCAGACCAUGCGAGCUGCCCGUGCCACAGGAGCAGGGACCGCAGUUCGACAUGGACGUGUGUUUCGGCACGUGCAGCCAGGAAGCGUCUCUGGGCUGGUAGCCUGCUAGCGUGACGCUUAUACAACCCAUGCGGUCAGCAUACGAGUGACGACGUACAUAUAUAUGUGAACUCCCUGCAUUAUUAUCAGUGCGCACUGUGAACUCGA